AUGCCUACAUUAGACACAAUGUCGACAGUAUGUUAUGGAUGUCAUACAUUAAUCGAUGAUCGAUACUAUUUAAUGGCUGUUGAUCGUUGUUGGCACUUGUCUUGCUUGAAAUGUUGUGAUUGUGGUAUAUCACUUGAACAAGAACGAACAUGUUUCUCACGAUUUGGACAAAUAUUUUGUAAAGAUGAUUAUAUUAAAAGAUAUUGUUCUCGUGUUUGUACACGAUGUCAUGCGAUGAUUCGACAAGAUGAAGUUAUUCUACGUGCUAAACAAUAUAUUUUUCAUUUGGAUUGUUUUACAUGCGUUACUUGUAAUGUACCUCUUCAUCCAGGCGAUGAAUUUGGCCUGAAAGAUGAUUUAAUUUUUUGUCGUCAUCACUUUUUCGAUCAACAACAACAUCAUCAACCUUACGAUUCGCAUCUAUCAGGUCGAAUGAUCGAUAUGAACAUUGAAAAUCAUCCACUUUCACAUCCAACCGGUUUUCUCGAUGAUUCGGGCUAUUACACUUCUCCUAUCCCAACAUUAAUUCCUUCAACACCACCGACAAACACUAGUACACCAACUGGCCCGUCGAUUAACAUGACAAAACGCACACGGAAACGUAAAGAACGUCAACAGCAACAAACUCAACAGCAGCAGCAGCAGCAUGAAGAUAUGAUGUCAUCAUCCGAUCAUUUCUUAACUCUUUCUCCUUCAGCAUCCAAUCUGGUAGGGAAUGAAGGAGGGUUAUUUGCUCCAUCAUUGGAUUCUUCAUACUAUGUUGAUGUUGUUGAUAUGGAUGGCAAUGGACCUAAUUCAGCAUCAAAUCAUCAUUCACAUUCGACAAACAAUAACAAUUUAUCCAAUGUACCUCAUCAUCAUCAUCAUGCCAGACAAAAACGCGUACGAACUAGUUUUAAACAUCACCAAUUACGUUGUAUGCGAUCUUAUUUCAAUUUAAACCAUAACCCAGAUGCAAAAGACCUGAAAAAUCUUGCUGAGAAAACCAAUUUACCCAAACGUGUCCUUCAAGUUUGGUUUCAGAAUGCACGUGCAAAGUAUCGUCGUAGUGUAUCUCGUAGUGAUACACUAUCAUCAACAUCUCAACCAGCACAAAGUCAACCCGCAAUGAAUCAGUCAUCACUCGCUAUUCCUUCAACUAUGCUUGACAUUCAGCCAACACGAGAAGACACAACUACUUCAUCGAAUUUAUCCUCGCCAACAGAAUCCAUUCGUUCGAAAACUUCAUCAGUAAACUACAGCGAAUCGGAAACAUGUGGUUCUAUGUAG